UUCAUAUUAUAUCUAUUCAAAUUAUAUCCAGUAUGAGAUUACAGACUGUGGAGGCUUCCAGGAAGUACCAGCAGAGAAGUCCAUAAGCAACACUGGUAUCAAAGAUCCGUGACUGUUGGUAUCAUGACAUUCCUGUCGUUCGCUCUCUCCUUUUGGCUCUCUCACCAAGUCAUCUUCGUUAGUGUCGGUGUAUGUGUGUGUUUGUAUCUACGUGUACUCUGCUCCUGUAUCUUGCUUGUGUUUAUUUCUACUGGGCACAGCGCUAAAAAUACCCUCAUGCCCUUGUGACGAUGAUGGGUGUGUCCAACAGGAUGCUGAGUCUCUAUAACCUUGCACUCAGAGGUCUCCAGAUGCAAUCAGAUUGCUCCUGAGAUCUUUCACUGGGAAAUAAAGCAGCAGCAGUACACAGGAUUUUAUAUGGAUACUUUGUCCACACACUUUGUGGAGGAAACCAAUUAUAUGAGAGGCGGAGAGGAAGAGGAGGAGGAAGAGGUGGAGGAAGAUGGGGACGAAGAAGAUAAAGAGGAGAAAAAAGAUGAAUCAGCCGUCCAGAAGCAACAAAGACCAGCCUGGGCGCCGUGUUUCUUCUACAGAGCGGGUAAAGAGGUGUACCAUUAUGUCGGGCAGGAGAUCAUCAUCGAGGAGGCUCUUGACUCCUAUGCAGGCAUGAUAUGGCCGGCGGCUCUGGCUCUCUGUCACUACCUGGAAACUCAUCGCGAACAGUUGAGUCUUGUGGACAAGGCGGUCCUGGAGAUCGGGGCAGGAACUGGCCUCGUGUCUGUUGUAGCAGCGCUCCUCGGUGGCUGGGUGACAGCCACCGACCUUCCAGUGGUCCUGAGCAACCUGAGAUUCAACCUGUGCAGGAACACCAGGGGGCGUUGCAGACACACUCCCCAGGUGGCAGCUCUGUCCUGGGGCUUCGACCUGGAGAGCACCUACCCUACAUCCGUCUACCACUACGACUACGUGCUGGCAGCUGAUGUGGUCUACCAUCACGACUUCCUGGACGAGCUCCUGGUCACCAUGAAGCAUUUCUGCAAACCAGGAACGACUGUGAUCUGGGCCAACAAGGUCAGGUUUGAGUCUGAUCUGACUUUCGUUGAGAACUUUAAAAAGGCUUUUCACACAAGCCUGCUGGCUGAAGAUGGAGAGAUGAAGAUCUUCAUGGCAACGUGUAGAGAAGAAGAGGGAGAAGGUGAUGUGGGGCCGGAAAUCCAAGAUCUGCUGAGAGAGAAGGAGGAAGGAAAGAGGGAGGAGGCUGAGGAUGAGAAGAGCAAAGAGAAGCUUGUGGAGGAAAAACACAAUCACUAUGUCGGUAAAGAAAAAAGGAAAGGAAAAGACAAUGAUAACGAUGUAACAGAGGAACCUCAAAUGUCAGAGCCUGAAAAAGGAGAUGAUAAGGAAGAAAAAAACAAGCAUAAAGAGGAAGAGCUGGAGGAGACAAUAGUCCUCAAAGAUGACGACUAUAAAGAGGAUGAGAAGGAUAAACUAGAUGAUUCAAGUACCACAGCCAGUGAAGAAGACGUUACAGGUCAGGCGCACAUCAGACAAACAGCUGUGCAGCAGGACAGAACACCAGCCUGGGUUCCCAACAUCAGCAGCAGCAUUGGUAAAGAUAUUUACCAUUACGCAGGGCAGGACAUUGUCAUUUAUGAGUCCAUAGACUACUUUGGAGCAGUGAUGUGGCCAGCAGCAUUGGCUCUGUGCUCCUUCCUGGACGACAACAGGGAGAGGGUGAACCUGCAGGGAAAGAAGGUGCUGGAGCUGGGAGCAGGAACGGGACUGGUAACCAUUGUGGCCAGUCUGCUGGGAGCUUCAGUCACAGCUACAGACUUACCUGAGGUGUUGAGUAACCUCCGGGCCAAUGUGACGAGGAACACCAGGGGGCGUUGCAGGCACCCACCCCAGGUGGCAGCUCUGUCCUGGGGCUUCGACCUGGAGAGCACCUACCCUACAUCCGUCUACCACUACGACUACGUGCUGGCAGCUGAUGUGGUCUACCAUCACGACUUCCUGGACAAGCUCCUGGUCACCAUGAAGCAUUUCUGCAAACCAGGAACGACUGUGAUCUGGGCCAACAAGGUCAGGUUUGAGUCUGAUCUGACUUUCACUGAGAACUUUAAAAAGGCUUUUCAUACAAGCCUGCUGGCUGAAGAUGGAGAGAUGAAGAUCUUCAUGGCAACGUGCAGAGAGUGAGAGACAGAACAUAUAUGGAUGAUUACUCAACGACCCUACUGGGUACAGGCCCCCGGGGCCCCCUAAGUCAGAGCGACUGUUAUUAAUUAACUCUUCAGGAAGUCAAAGGGCCCAGUCAAAUGUUUGCUCCUGGUCCUAAUCUGAGUAAUUUAACCAAGUAUGUGUGGGUAGGAAAUAGGAUCCACUUAUCAUAUUUUGUUAAUUUUUACAAUAUAAUACAGCGGCACAGUGUAUAUUUAAGCUACAGUAAGCCUACAUUACAAUUAGUAAGGCAAUUUAAAUUUGUUUGACAGUAGAAUAGCUCAGCUUUAAGAAAAUGUAACCUGCAUCAUAGGUUUCCUUUGAUGGUUUCCUAUAAUAUUUUGUACAUAAAUCUGUAAAAUAUCCAGUUUGGAUCUGUAGUGGCAGGAAGCUGUGGUGAGGAUUUACACAGCCUCUCUUCAUCUCCAGCAAGAACAAAAGUACAAUAUUUCCUUGUGAGAUGUAAUGGAGUAGAAGUAUGAAGUUGCAUAAAAUGGAAAUACUCAAGCAAAGUACCUCAAAUUUGUA